ACGAGGCAUCAGCUGAGAGGAGAGGAGGAGAAUGAUGCUGCCGCCGCCGCUGAUGAUGAUGUCACUCAGCUAGUCGCACGCACUUCAGACGUCAACACUGCGAAAGAGGGUAGAGAGUUUAUCGGAGAAUGGCGUUUGUGAAGAGCGGAUGGCUGCACAGACAAAGCACCAUCUUGCGGCGCUGGAAGAGGAACUGGUUUGACCUCUGGUCAGAUGGACGUCUGGUCUUCUACGAUGACCAGCAGCGGCGGGACAUGGAGGACGAAAUCCACAUGAAGGUGGACUGCAUUAACAUCCGCAACGCCAACGCGUGUAGAGAUCUCAUGCCGCCUGAAGGCAAGAGCAAAGACUCCCUCCUGCAGAUUGUCUGCCGGGACGGUCGGGUCAUCAGCAUCUGCGCAGACAGUGCAGACGAUGCUUUGGCUUGGACCAUGGCUCUCCAGGAUGCUAGACUCAACACUAUGGUGCAGCAUCCUCAGGUUGGUUUUGCCGAGGACAGUGUAGCAUCAGCUCCUCCACCCUAUUCUGAGUUAAACCCAACUCCACAGGUUUUCUGUCCUGAUGGAUAUGGCGGUUAUGUUCCUCAUCCUCCGCCUUAUGCCACACAGAUGGUCUACUCAGCAGAUGGGCAGCAGUAUGCAGUUGCCUACCCGUAUCUUUAUCAAGGGGGAUACGCACCCGGCGUCAACCAUGUCAUAGUGCAGGAGCGUCGCCGUGACGACACAGGUGACGUUGCUCUGGGGAUGUUGGCUGGUGCUGCGACCGGAUUGGCCCUCGGCUCCCUGUUUUCCGUAUUCUAAUGUGUUUUUGUGAACCCAGCCCAACCCCACCUGACCUACAGUGCAGAAAACCUUUCCCGUGUUGUUUUAACUUUCCCUUUACACCUCGUAAUUCGUAGGUCUGAUAUUGUAGCCGGGCUGGGAAAUAAUCGUUUACUUUUCUGUAUUUGUCUUUGUACCAAAGCUUAUAUAAUUUGGAUUAGGCACAAACAAAUGCGUUUGCUUUACAAAUUUAAUCUGUAGCAUACAAAGAUAUACACUAAAAUAUUGGCGGCUAGUAUUAAGAUAAGGAUAAUCAGUGAGGUUUAAAAAUCAGCUGCUGUUUAGAAACACAAAGUGUCUGUUGUGGAGUAUAAAAAUGGGUUGUAUUUAUACUAAUGAUGACACAGGCCUUGAUCUCAACAGUUUUUCCUUUCUUUGCCUUUGUAUUUUGUGGCGGCCUUCAUUUAAUUCAUCGUGUUUAUUUAUAACUCAGUGUUAUCAAGUGUGUAUUCUUCCCGUUUUUGUGGAGUGACACUUUCUUUGAGAUUUAUUUACUUUGAAAAAUGUGAUUGAUUUUGUCUUGAUUCCUAUUUGUGUGUGUGUGUGUGUGUGUGUGUGUGUGUGUGUUUUUUUUCUCUUGAGAACUAGCACAAUUAUUAUUCACAAUGUUUGUGAUGGGAUGCGAUUAGGGAAACUUCAGGGAAAAGUGGGAUCGAUGUGAUCGGUUGGAUUUACUGUACUUUGACUUUGUUGUGUUUUACAUAACAUGUUUAACCAUGAGUAUAUAAGAGAUAAUAAUCAUAAUUGUUUAAUGUAUACAUGAUGUAUCAGUGGAUUUCAGGCCGUGGUUUAGUUUAACUCGAGUCCAUUGUUUUUAAAGUUUAAUGGAGCAGUGAUUCAGAAAAUGACAUUUUUCAUAUUUGAUGCUUAUUUCUAAUGUGCUUUUCUUUAUUGCUUUGCUGUUUGAACCUCAAGAAAAUAAUUUACUUGUUAAUAUAUACCCACAUAAUCACGGGUGUGUUAUUUCUAAACUAUUAAAAUAAGAUGUCCUGUGA